CGCAUCAAAAAGCGACCAACGUCGUUUUAAAGCGUCUGUCAACAGGAAAAUACAUGUGUGUAAAUGCAGAGAGAACUGUGGCUAAUAUCUUUGAUACAUUGGAGAUAAGGAAGGUGAUGGCUCUAGCAACGAGUCUCGAUCCAAAGUAUUGUUGGCUAAGAUUCAGAGGAAGGCCAAAGUCGAGGAGCAACAGAACUUGGCAUGUCAAGGGGAACACAAUUCAAAAACAAUAGUUCAGAAUGACAGGGACACCUCUGCGAAGAAGAAAAUAAAAAACAAGGGAGACAACCUUGAGGAGACAAAACACUCAAAGAAGAGGAAAGAGCAAGUAAACCAACAUGUCUCCACCUGACCCUGAAGAACUUUCCAAGGGUGAUAAUGCAUGCAAAGAAGAAAAAUGCUACAAAAAAAUAUACAACUAACAGAAGACAAAGAUGGGAUGAUUUUGAGAAAAAGAUUAUUCAAAAGGUACAAAGAGUCCCGCCCCAGUGGCUUACUGAGCCAGUUGUGAUCCAGAGAGAUAUUACAAGCAACCUAGUCCCCAUCAGUGAUGUCCCAGGAAUUUGUACUAGACUGCAACGCAAAUUGGAGGGCAAUGGAAUUCAGCACCUCUUUCCAGGUUAGCAGGCAUGAAGGAGUAGAAGUUCAAAUCUGUUUUGCUGUCAUAAUAUGGGGGGGGGGGGGGGGGAGUACUCAAAUUCUAUUGUGUCCACUGUGCAGUACAUGUAGAGGUCAUCCCAGUCAUUUUAGAGAAUGUCUCAUGGUCUGUUGAUUGGAAGAGGGGCUACAAACCCAGAAACAUUUGUGUGUCAGCACCAACGGGGAGUGGCAAGACUGGCAUUCGUUAUACCUGUUAUUCAGGCACUGAUGGAGCGAGGUUUAUGUGACAUCCGGGUUUUGACAGUGUUGCCCACCAAAGAGCUUGCACAGCAGGUUUGCAAAGUAUUCAGUUCAUAUGCGGAGGGCACCAGCUUGAAAGUGGUUAUAAUCGCUGGUCAAACGUUUUUUGCCACAGAGCAGGCAUCGCUCUCUGAAACCCAGUCAAGACACAUCAAGGUCUUUCUUCCUUGAGGUGGAACAAGCCACAGUUUGGCAGACAUUGUUGUCACAACCCCUGGGAGACUGGUUGAUCACAUCAAUAAAAUUGAUGGUUUCAGUUUGGAACACCUCCGCUUCCUUGUGGGUCACUAAUACAAAUCAUUGAUGAGGCAGACCGGAUGAUUGACAGCAUGCACAAGUCUUGGCUCAGUCAGGUGACCAAGGCAGUUUACAGAUCCAAGAGGGGUUCUGAAGCAGUCUAGAUCUUCAAGAGGACAGAGCCUGCACUUAUCACUGCAGCGAGCUUGUCAACACCUCGGAUGCCUCUAACGGAAGCUCCUAUUCUCAGCCACACUGACUCAGAAUCCAGAGAAGUUGCAGCAACUAGGCCUGCAUCAGCCCAGACUCUUCAGCUCGGUCCAUAGUCAGUCAACGACCCCACCCUAAGUCUCAAGAGAGGUUCAACUUCCCCCAGGGCCUGACAGUUCUUUACCAAAAUAUUAUUGCAAUAGAUUUUUUAUUUCUCCUAUAUCCCAGAGCAAUGUGUCACUGUGGUCUCUUUUUUUGGAGAGUACUAUGUGCCCUGCACUCUGAGUAAGAAGCCCCUCCUCAUCCUCAAUUUCAUACUGUGCCUGAAGUUUAGUCCCAUUCUGUGCUUCACCAAUUCCAGAGAAUCCGCUCAGAGACUGUGUCUGCUAGUGCAGCUUUUUAGUGGAGUGCAGGCAGCUGAGUUCUCCUCACGACUCCCAAUGACAGGAGGAGAACCCUUAAGGAGUUUGAACAGGGAAAGAUCCAACUGUUCCCGAGUUUGGGACAGGAGGCUGUCAUGUCUUUUUCUCCUGACGUCUUUUCUUCUGCUGCUCAGCAAGGGGGAGAGAAUGUGCCCAGCAAGUUGUCGCUGCGAAGGAAAGAUUGUUUAUUGCGAGUCUGGCAUUUUUCAAGACAUUCCAGAAAACAUCUCUACUGGAUGCCAGGGUCUGUCCCUGCGCUUCAACCGCUUAGCGACUCUGCUGCCUUACCAAUUCGCUCAUCUCAACCAGCUCAUCUGGCUCUACCUGGACCACAAUUCCAUCACCGCUAUAGAUAGCUUAGCCUUUCAGGGCGUGCGUAGGCUCAAAGAACUGAUUCUUAGCUCCAACAAGAUCACACUUUUACACAAUAAGGCUUUCAAUGCUGUACCAAACCUGCGCAAUCUUGAUUUUUCCUACAACCAGCUACACUCUUUGCAACCAGGUCAUUUCUAUGGUCUGCGUAAGCUCCAAAACCUUCACCUACGGUCCAAUGGUCUCAGCAGUAUACCUGUACGGACUUUUCUGGAGUGUCGCAGCCUGGAGUUCCUGGACCUGGGUUACAAUCACCUACGCACCCUAUUCCGCACCACCUUCUUGGGGCUGUUCAAGUUGAAAGAGCUUCAUCUGGAGCAUAAUCAAUUUUCAAGGAUUAAUUUGUUUCUUUUCCCACGCCUUAGCAAUCUACAGGUCCUCUACUUGCAAUGGAACCGGAUACGAGCCGUCAAUCAGGGCCUGCCAUGGAUCUGGCAUACACUGCAGAAAUUAGACCUCUCAGGAAAUGACAUCCAGAUCCUGGACCCAGCUGUUUUCCAGUGUAUGCCAAACUUACAAAUACUCCAUCUUGAAUCCAACAAGCUGAGCAACAUGUCUCAGGAUGUGGUUUCAGCCUGGGUCUCCCUCACCACCAUCAGCCUGGUGGGUAAUGCCUGGGACUGCAGCCCUACCAUCUGCCCCCUGGUGACCUGGCUGAAGAACUUCAGAGGCUCAAAGGACAUCAAAAUUAUAUGCAGCAGCCCCAAGUCAGUUCAGGGAGACAGAGUAAUGGACAUAGUGAGGAACUACACAGUCUGUGUGAACAUAUCAGUUGAAGAGCAAACCACAGCUAUGAUCAUGAGGCAAACCACAGCCUCAGUUGUGGACAUCAAAAAGCCUACCACACCUCCUCCUUCCACGACCACAACAACCCAAGGUAUAUCUGCAUCAACAGUACAAAGACUCACUCCACAACCUGUCUCUCCCAUUGUGACAGAAAAAGACACAAGGGAGUCCAUACUCAUGACCUCAAUCUCUCCAGAAUCCUCAUCAUUUUUCCCAGAACUAGAGUUUGAGCAUAUGGCCUUCCAUAAAAUCAUUGCAGGCAGUGUAGCCCUAUUUCUCUCUGUGUCAUUGAUCCUGCUGGUAAUUUAUGUCUCAUGGAAGCGCUACCCCAAUAGCAUGAGGCAGCUGCAGCAGCACUCAGUCAACCGCAAGCACAGAAAAAAGGCCCGGAAGCAGAAGCUUAACCUUAACUCUCAAUUACAAGAGUAUUAUUUGACUUAUACAAACUCUCAGACCAUGGAUGCAUUGGUAAAUGAGACAAGGGCCUACACCUGCACAAUCUCAGGAUCCAGAGAAUGUGAGGUAUGAUCCGCCAACUCCAUCCUAAAAACACACUCUCCAGCUGCUUGGGAGUCAGGUAAAUGUUUUCCACAGGGAUGCACUGUAAACCUCUCUGAGCGAAUGGAGACUGAGUUAAAUAUCCAUCCUCUGUUUGACUCUGUUCUUACUGUUGUUUUAAAUUAACGUUAUCAAUCCUAUAAACAUACUGUACAGCUGCUUGGGAGUCAGAGGUCAAUGUUUUCCACAGGGAUGCACUGUAAACCUCUCUGAGCGAAUGGAGACUGAGUUAAAUAUCCAUCCUCUGUUUGACUCUGUUCUUACUGUUGUUUUAAAUUAACGUUAUCACAUUAGAACAAAGUGAUUGAAUAUAUUAAUCCUGUUUGUGAGUAUAAACCUCAUUUAUAUCUACACAUUUGUUACGGUUAUCUGCUGUUGAUUACAAAUGACCCUGCUUUUCACUUUUGUUAUCCUUGGAUGAUAUUGAGAUCUUAUUGUACUUGUAUAAAUGCAACUCAUACAUGUUAUGUGUAGUUUUUUUAUAUUUAGCUUUUGUUCAUUUUAUGAAAUGAUAUGAUCACCGUGUAAUUUAAUUGUCAUUAAACUUGUGAAUGGUAGUUACUAAAUAAUGGGUGUCAGAAACAUAAUUGCAAGAUUAUGUUCCUGUUUUUGAUCUUCAUACUAUACCAAUGUAGCAAAAAGUCCAACAGCAUUAGUAGACUUUCUUUUGGGGCACUUCACCAUGACGUGUAACAAGACAGCUUUCCAUUUUAUGACAAAAUUACAUUUCUAUGAAAAUUGCAAUAAAUCAAUAAAAAAUCUACAUGAUUAUCCUGUCUGAUCCAACACCUGGGACAAAUGUUUCAUGGCUGUGUGGGGUAUAACACCCCACUAAGGCUAUGAAAAAUGCAGCCAUGGUGAUUUUGAUCACAUAGCAUUUAGGCUUCACAGGGCAGAUUUCUAUCUAGGCUCUACUAUGGAAACAUACAUUACCAUUUAGAUUUGAUUUACACUUCACAUGACAGAUGUUUGCCCUCCUUUUGGUUGUUUAUUGUUUCCAGAGCACUAUAGCAUAGUCUACUGUAUAUGGCUCUGAAUCUUACUCUGUCUAAAUAUCUGCUUCAUUUUAAGAGGCUUUCCUUCCUGGUUUUUAAAAGUAUGGGUUCCUUUGUUUGCUUCAUGAUGCAGAAUCCCUUAAUCGCAUUCACUUGAUCACCAUAUGCUUUUAACAGGUCUUAUGUUUAAGGGAAUAUUUAAGUACCUCAACAUUAUUUCUUUCCAAACAGAUACAAUGACAUAUCAUACAAAGAAGUGAUGUUUGACUAAUAUAAUCCUUAUAAGGAAGACGCGUACUUCCAUGAGGCAGCUUGAUAUGGUCUAAAAAUGGCACAGCACUCUUUCAAAGUAGUACAGGCCAAAUCAAGGCUAGCUAUGGAAGUAGUUUCAUCAAUUGACUGGCUCAUUAUGAUUUUUGCCAAUGCACUCAAUUGAUGUUGUACAGGAAAUGGCUGUUUAUUAAUAGCAUGUUUUUGAAUCAGCUGAAU